UAUUUCCGUCUGAUGUUCACCAUGGACAUGGCGGAACAUUACCGGAAGGAGGUUCCAGUGUACGGAGUCAGCUACAGUACCUUGGAACAGAUUGUCAACUUCGCCUACACAGACACGUACAAGACCACCAUAGAGGAACUUCUGUCAGCCGCCGACAUGUUUCAGAUUCUAAACCUUCGAAGGGCCUGCGCAAAACACAUCAUGGACAAACUAAACGUCGACAACUGUGUCAAGUUCUACUUCUUCGCCUCCCUUCACAACUGCGACGAUCUCAAGAAGUCUUGCAAGGAGCUCAUAGAGGAUCACUUCAUAUUGGUGUCUCAAAAGGAAGAAUUCCUGGACCUCGACCAGGACCAGGUGUCUGAACUUCUAGCCAGUGACGAUCUAAACGUGCAGAAAGAAGAAGACGUGUACGAAGCCGCCUUGAGAUGGAUCAAACAUUUGCCGCAGUCCAGAGCAGAAAGCGCGCCAAAACUCAUCAAAGAAGUCAGGUUAACGAGAAUGGAUCGUUCUUACCUAGAUGAACAACUCGCCACGGACGAUCUUCUGUCGUCCUCGCCAGAGUGCGUGAGUUUUAUAGAACAGGCUGGGGCCACGCAAGUCUUGGAUGAAUCUAGCGGCUCGGCUUGUAGUGUUGCUUGUAAGGACAGCCCUAGACAUGGUAUGAAGGAAGCCAAUACUAUAUUCAUCAUUGGAGGGAAGCAGUACACAGAUAUGGGAGACAUACAGUACUGUAGCACCUGUUUUUGUUUCGACCCAGUCAACAAGACCAAAUGUACGGUACCUACACCCGAGGACGCGUUCUGUCUCAGUAACAUGGCGUGUACGUUCUACGGGAGUUUUUUGUACGUGGCUGGAGGAACUGUACAAGACCUACAUUCCUCUUCGGGAUGGCGACCGUCCGAUGAGUUUUGGGAGUAUGACUGUGUACAUAACAUGUGGUCACAGAAGCCCAACAUGUCGCACCCUAGGUCUAACUUUUCUAUAGUAGCGAUAGAAGGAUGUAUAUACGCUCUUGGGGGUUCGUAUAGAUCAGGAAGGUACGACUUAGUGGAGGUAUUCGAGUUGGAAAAUGAGGCUUGGACUGACGCGAAGCCCAUGCCUUACCCUUUGUCGGAUCACUGCGCGGUCGCUUUGGACGGGAAGAUCUACGUCAUGGGCGGAUUUGCCGGUGGAUCCAGGAAAGGGAUCACCAACCGCGCACUUUGUUACGACACGGCGGUGUCAGCCUGGACGGAAAUACCCACUCUGAUGGUCAUGAAGAAAAGGGCAAGCGCUGCGGUACUGAACGGAGAGGUUUAUGUAAUCGGGGGAACAGACUACAUUGAGGAGAUGGAUAUAGUAGAGAUCUAUAACGUUGAGAAGAAGAGAUGGCGGCUGGGAGCGAGACUACCAGAGGAGUGUUGUUCAGCAGGAGUGGCGGUUAUAGACGGGAAACUGUACGUCUGUGGAGGAGUGAGGUUCCACCAGGUGCUUGAUGGGAUAUGGGUGUACAACGCGCAGGGUGACAGUUGGGAGAGGAUGUCGGGAGUUAAACUGACACGGCAGUUUGAAUUUGGGAGCACGGCGGCGCUCAUCAACCAACAGAGGCUGAAAACGGUAGAGGGAAAGAAAACCUGAUGUCUCUUAAAGUCUGUCAUAAUGUUUGAUCAUAAAGAUAUUGGAACAAAUCUAACAGCAACACAAAUGAAAUGUAUGCAGU